AUGCAACGAAAACAGCUGUUGGACACGAUAAAUGGUUCGGAGUGUCGCUUCGCCACUAAUGCGUCAGCAAGUGCUAUCUUACAGGAUCUGCUCUCACACUUGCUGCCGACACAGUACGGUUUUAUCGUGAUGACUAUAGCAAGUUCGAAUGAGAGCUUCAAAGAGGUGGCACAGAACAAAUAUGGCUGCCGAGUGAUCAAGUGCGCCUUACAGGACCUUGAACGAACAGUGUAUGGAGAAGUGGACCGGAGCGCAGCUGAGAAGCAGUCGGCCAGGGAUUCGCUUACGAGACUGCUGUGUCGAUUGACUGAUAACUGCACUGAGCUGACCAAUCAUCGCUAUGGAAGUCGCGUGAUCAGGUGCGCCAUCAGAUCGAAGAACCUUAGCGCUGUGCGCGACUAUAUCAUCAGAAGAUCAGUUCUGGGUCAUGUGGAGGCGUUAUAUCGAAAUGAUUUUUCGUUGAAAGUCGUUCAGCUGUCGCUGAAGCACGCCUCGCCGGAGUUGAAGGACCAAUUAAUGGCCAAGAUCGACGGCGCUCGUAGCAGCCGCGAACACUCUGCGCAUUGA